CAGCUACCUCCGAGCUGGAAAACGCCACAUCUGACAGGGAGGGAGACGCGGAUUAAACUAAGUGUGAACACCAAGCUCAAGAUGCUGGCGCUAAUAAACCGGCUUCUAGACUGGUUUAAGUCUCUCUUUUGGAAGGAGGAGAUGGAGUUGACGUUGGUCGGUCUUCAGUACUCGGGAAAAACGACAUUUGUUAACGUAAUCGCUUCUGGACAUUUCAGUGAAGACAUGAUCCCUACAGUUGGGUUCAAUAUGAGGAAGGUGACCAAAGGAAAUGUCACCAUCAAGAUCUGGGAUAUAGGUGGACAGCCAAGAUUCAGGAGCAUGUGGGAGCGGUACUGUCGAGGAGUUAAUGCAAUUGUGUACAUGGUUGAUGCAGCAGAUCGAGAGAAAGUAGAAGCAUCAAGAAAUGAGCUUCAUAAUUUAUUAGACAAACCUCAGUUGCAAGGAAUUCCAGUUUUGGUACUUGGGAACAAAAGGGAUCUCCCCAGUGCUUUAGAUGAAAAGCAGCUCAUUGAGAAAAUGAAUCUGGCAGCUAUUCAGGAUAGGGAGAUAUGCUGCUACUCCAUUUCCUGCAAAGAGAAAGACAACAUUGAUAUCACACUUCAGUGGCUCAUUCAACACUCGAAAUCCAGAAGGAGCUGAAAAUGCAGAAGUUGCCCAGCUGUGUUUGCCAUGUUACUGACAUGCCACACCGCUCUCAAACGAUGUACAGCCGUAUAUUCAACAUGCCGAACUGUUCAGCUCAUGUCACACAUUAUCCCUUUUUUUUGUUGUUUUUGUUUUUUUUUCACAUUGUGAUUGUUUUUCCAAUUCUGAGAAUGCACCACCACAAAUGAAGUGCAGAUAGCGGUUUUAUGCAUGACGUUUAGCAUUAUAUACAUGUCGUAAAACUACUGUAACUUGGAGUAAAAGCAACGACUGCUCGAGCAUUAAACCCAGUGCCUCAUAUGUCAUGGGACAACACUAAACGUCGGUACACAAAUUAUUCACUUGGAGGGUUUAGCCUAUUAAACAAUGUUCUGAAAAUGAGAGAUUAUUUACACAUACAUACGAUACCUGAGGAUGAUGGCAUAAACAUGCAGGA